GAAGUCGACAGAUGAUGUCACGCGCGUAAAGUCGAGCAUCAACUAUGACAGUUUAUUAGUGAUAUCAACAUCAGAUACUUAAUAUCUGAACAUUACGCUAUUCUGUCUUGUGUGUGCGUGUUAGCGAGCAGGCAUUCCAUUUCGCUUGUGCACUUGGAUUUGGUGAAAACAGAAGAAGAAGUAGAAGAAGAAAAGAAGAAGAGCAUGCCUAACAUCAAGAUUUUUAGCGGUAGCUCCCAUCAGGAUCUAUCUCAGAAAAUUGCGGACCGUCUAGGACUGGAAUUAGGAAAAGUGGUCACGAAAAAGUUUAGCAACCAAGAGACGUGUGUGGAGAUUGGAGAGAGUGUUCGUGGAGAGGAUGUGUACAUUGUCCAAAGUGGCUGUGGUGAAAUUAAUGAUAAUCUUAUGGAACUACUGAUUAUGAUCAAUGCCUGCAAAAUAGCAUCUGCCACUAGAGUCACUGCAGUCAUCCCAUGCUUUCCUUAUGCCCGACAAGAUAAGAAGGAUAAGAGUCGCGCACCGAUUUCUGCUAAGUUGGUGGCAAAUAUGCUAUCAGUCUCUGGUGCCGACCACAUUAUAACGAUGGAUCUGCAUGCAUCUCAAAUACAGGGUUUUUUUGACAUUCCAGUGGACAAUUUAUAUGCAGAGCCUGCGGUUUUGAAAUGGAUUAAGGAAAAUAUACCAGAAUGGAAGAACUGCACAAUUGUGUCUCCCGAUGCUGGAGGAGCCAAGAGGGUUACCUCCAUUGCAGACAGGCUGAAUGUCGACUUUGCCCUUAUCCACAAAGAAAGGAAAAAGGCAAAUGAGGUGGACCGCAUGGUUCUGGUUGGAGAUGUGAAAGAUCGCGUGGCCAUAUUGGUUGAUGAUAUGGCAGACACCUGCGGUACAAUUUGCCAUGCUGCAGAUAAGUUAAUAUCAGCUGGAGCAACCAAAGUGUAUGCCAUUCUUACUCAUGGCAUCUUCUCUGGACCAGCUAUUUCACGCAUAAACAACGCUUGCUUUGAAGCUGUAGUUGUGACCAAUACAAUUCCUCAAGAGGAGAAGAUGAAACAUUGUCCCAAAAUCCAGGUCAUCGACAUUUCCAUGAUCCUUGCUGAGGCCAUCCGCAGGACCCACAACGGCGAGUCUGUGUCCUAUCUCUUCAGCCAUGUCCCUUUGUAACGUCAGCACUUAGCUGGCAAAAGAGGAGCUGCUCCCUGGCGUUGUUUUGUUCAUAGUUUGAAGAUUUAAGCAAAACUUCAUGAUUUGGUUCUUGAAAACUGUACAGGAUAUUGAGCUUCUGUUUGCAGUCUGUUUACUAACAAAUAUCUGUUACAAUCUGUGACUGAAAGUUAGACUUGUAGGUAAUAACAGGCAGAAGCUUGUCAACCUAAUUUAUUUAUUUGAAUCCAUUUGUAUACAUUUCUGUGCUUUGAAAAAAUUUGUCUUGUGUCCGAGACUAUGACUUUGAAGAAUGUACAAAUCAAUGGACAUGAUCCCCCCCUCCCCCCUAAAGCUCUUUUAAAUAACUCUUUCUAUGAAAAUUUCUCUUAAUAAAAACUUUGUUUACAUUA